CAAUCCGAGGAGGAGGGGCAAGAGGACGAGCGGGAGGAGGGCGGUCGUCCGGGGUUAGGUGUUGGGGGGUGUUGGUCCGUUCAGGGCAGGGGAUGACUCACGGCCCAUCCCAUCUCCCCGACGCUGCCCGCCCGCGCAGAGCCUAGCUCCAUGGCUUAGCAUGGGAGGAGGCGGUGGCGAGUAGGGGGAGGGGGACUCUUAUUUUGUUAGGGGGACCGGGCCGAGGCCCGACCGGCCUGGCAGGGCUCGCCCGGGGCCGGGCGUCAUGUCUCAUGAAGCUGAGCCAGCUCGGGACGGCGUAGAGCCCAGCGCUGAGGGCCCUCGAGCAGUGUUCGUGCUGUUGGAGGAACACAGGUCGGCGGACUCGGCCCAGCUGCUCAGCCUGAACUCUCUGCUUCCGGAAUCUGGGAUUGUUGCUGACAUUGAAUUAGAAAACAUCCUUGAUCCGGACAGUUUCUACGAGCUCAAAAGCCAACCCCUACCCUUACGCUCCAGCCUCCCAAUAUCACUGCAGGCCACCCCAGCCACCCCAGCUACACUCUCUGCAUCGUCUUCUGCAGGGGGCUCCAGGACCCCUGCCAUGUCAUCGUCAUCUUCAUCGAGGAUCUUGCUGCGGCAGCAGCUCAUGCGGGCCCAGGCACAAGAGCAGGAGAGGCGUGAGCGUCGGGAACAAGCUGCAGCUGCUCCCUUCCCCAGCCCUGCACCCGCCUCUCCUGCCAUCUCUGUGGUUGGCGUUUCUGCUGGGGGCCACGCAUUGAGCCGUCCACCACCUGCUCAGGUGCCGAGGGAGGUGCUCAAGGUGCAGACCCACCUGGAGAAUCCAACACGCUACCACCUGCAGCAAGCACGCCGGCAGCAAGUGAAACAGUACCUGUCCACCACACUUGGGCCCAAGCUGGCUUCCCAGGCCCUCACUCCACCGCCUGGGCCCACAAGUGCCCAGCCACUGCCUGCUCCUGAGGCUGCCCAUGCCACUGGCCCCACAGGCAGUGCUCCUAACAGCCCCAUGGCAUUGCUCACCAUUGGGUCCAGCUCAGAGAAGGAGAUUGAUGAUGUCAUUGAUGAGAUCAUCAGUCUGGAGUCCAGUUACAACGAUGAGAUGCUCAGCUAUCUGCCUGGAGGCACCACAGGGCUGCAGCUCCCCAGCACGCUGCCUGUGUCAGGGAACCUGCUUGAUGUGUACAGUAGUCAGGGUGUGGCCACAUCAGCCAUCACUGUCAGCAACUCCUGCCCAGCCGAGCUGCCCAACAUCAAACGGGAAAUCUCUGAAACCGAGGCUAAGGCCCUUUUGAAGGAAAGGCAGAAGAAAGACAAUCACAACCUGAUUGAGCGUCGCAGGCGAUUCAACAUUAACGAUAGGAUCAAGGAGCUUGGCACCCUCAUCCCCAAGUCCAAUGACCCGGAGAUGCGCUGGAACAAGGGUACCAUCCUGAAGGCCUCUGUGGAUUACAUCCGAAAGUUGCAGAAGGAACAGCAGCGCUCCAAGGAUCUGGAGAUCCGGCAGAGAUCUCUGGAGCAAGCCAACCGCAGUCUGCAGCUCCGGAUUCAGGAGCUAGAAUUGCAGGCCCAGAUUCACGGUCUGCCAGUGCCUCCCACCCCAGGGCUACUCUCCAUGGCCACAAGCUCGGCCUCCGACAGCCUCAAGCCGGAGCAGCUGGACGUUGAGGAGGAGGGCAGGCCAAGUACAGCAACGUUUCACGUAGCAGGGGGACCUGUCCAGAGUGCUCCUCAGCAGCAGCCCCCAGCACCGCCCUCGGAUGCUCUUCUGGACCUGCACUUUCCCAGCGACCACCUGGGAGACCUGGGGGACCCUUUCCACCUGGGGCUGGAGGACAUUCUAAUGGAAGAGGAAGAGGGGGUGGUGGGAGGGUUGUCAGGGGGUGCCCUGUCCCCACUUCGGGCUGCCUCUGACCCCCUGUUGUCUUCAGUAUCCCCGGCUGUCUCCAAGGCCAGCAGCCGCCGCAGCAGCUUCAGCAUGGAGGAGGAGUCCUGAUCAGGCCUCGCUUCUCCUCUGGGACUUCCCCCACCCGGGAAAGGAGGACCUGUGAGGAUGAGGCUCCGCCUUUUCCCCCACCCUCCCGUGAAACUGCCCUGCCCAGGAAUUCUGGGGGAAGAGAUGCGAUCAGGCCCGCCCAGUAAUAGGCGAGAGGGAGGAGUCAUGUGGCCCCGCCCCUUCCCCAAAGGAACAAGCCAGGCAGGUAUUUCCGAGGGAAAAGGUAGGAGAAGCCUGUGAGAUCAGUAAGGAAAGGAGACACAGGAUGAGGUCUCACUUCUGUCACCUAAAGAACAGCCUAGCCAGGUCUCCUAGGAAUAGAUGUUUAGGGUGUUGCUCCAUCCUUUCUUUGAGAACCAUCUGUCCAGCCCAUGCAGGCACUGGAAGAAGAAUCUAGAUCAGGGAUGGUGAACCUUUUAGAGCUUUCAGUGAUAACAAACAGCCUGCUGCAGCACAUCUGCUAUAGGUUCGCCACCACUGCUCUAGCUGUAGAGGUCCCACCCCUAUGGAUUUAAGCCUUGUCCCUUCCUGGUGUCCCUGGGAACCCAGUGCUGGCUUUCUGGGAAUGGAGGCUCAGCCCCACCCAUUCCCUACAGGAAAAGCCCAGCGCAGGAGUUUCAGGUGUGGAGGAAAGAGUAGGAUCAGCCUACCCCCCACACACCCAGAGACCACCACCCUGCCUCUGGCCCUUAGCAGCAUCCCAUGUGAACAUUCCACACUGCGGGGAGGAGCAGCACUGCGGCUCCCCGCCUUCACUCUGGACCAACCGACCUGACCCGACCCAGGACACCUCUGCACUGACCUUGCUGUCCCAGAGGGGACAGGUUGUGAACUGUGGAUUGGCUUCCCAGACCUACAUCUAGAUUGAGAGUUAGGCCCCCAUGCUUGGGCACACAUCUGCCUGAUUCCUUGAGGGGCAGUUUGGGGGCAGGGAUGGGGGAUUAGUGGAGAUCCCUUCCAGGGUGCCCAAAACCAGUUAAACUUGCAGAAUGGCACAAAAGGGAUUCCCCAGCCUGGGAAAAUAGAAGUUUUUUACAAGGCAGAGGUUUGGAGGAAAGGUUGCAAAUACAUGUUGUACCCCCCAUUUGUUUAUCUGAUUUUUUUUUCCUUCCUGUACCGGGAAUUAAACUCACGACCUUACCCUUACUAGGCAGUCGCUGUGCCGCUGAGCUAAAUCCCCAGCCCUUAUCUGAUUUUUUUAUUGGUUUCCGUCUACUCAGAAGCUAGGUCACCCGGAAACUGGCCCUCACCUCCAUUUGGAGGACCCCCCCCAUUUCAGAGUUCUCAAGAGACACUCCCCACCCCUUCUCACCCCUCAUACCACCUACAUGCAAGGUCAUCAGCUUUGGUUUGCUGGGGCCAGGCCCCGAGGAGGGUAUACUGAGGGGGCUAUAGAUUUGUGAUUAAAAUAAAUGCUAGGCGUGUUUGAUGCGCUUUUAACUUUG